GCAGCGGCAGCCCGACGGGCUUGAUACCUAUACUCGAAUUGACUUGCCACGAUGAUGGCCAUGAAGGCCGUCGUACUGGCAGCCAUGCUGCUGAUUGUGGCUUGGCCUGCGGUCGUGCAAGGUGAUGAUGGCUGCCCUGAUCCGCGCCAGUCGCGUGAGAACGGCGUUUGCAAGUGUGCCGACGGCUUUGUUGGGGUCAACAGCAACACUGCUUGUACGCUUCGCAAUGAGAUUUAUACCAUCUCCAAUGGUGUUGACCCUGCCCAAAAGGCCAUUGUGAUUCAGGGCGGUAACAUUACGCUCCGCACUUACAAUCCCGAGACUCACGCUCUGGACCACACGGAUUUGCUCAAAACCCUCCGAGACUUGGCCGAUGGUCAUGGUUCUCAGAGCGACGUGGUGCAACAGCUUCUCAACGACGUGGCCGCCAAGGCCGACGCCAACGACGUCAAUGCUCUCAUCUCCGCCCUCAACACCACCCUCCAAGCCACUACCAAUAAUCUCUUUACCCUUCAAAACUCAUUCAACGGGGCAGACGCCACCCUGCAACAGCUCGUUCAGGAUACCGAUGCCCUUACCACCAGUACCACGGACACCUCAAACCCCAGCUCCCUGGCCUCAAUGCUCGCUUCCCUGGAUGACCAAGUCCAGACCUCGACCGCCUCUGCUGCCGACCUGGCCACGGUCUCCGCCGCUCUUCAAACAUUCGAGGCAGAGGCCGAUGAUUUUGUCACAAAGUCCGACCUCCACCGCUACCUCCCAGGUGCCAUUGCCUCUUCCAACAUGACGGGCCCCUGCAACGCCACCGUUCUUGGCGUUUUGCGUAGCAAUAACCAGACGCAGCAGUACGAGACGUGUCGCCGCGCCGAGACAUGGAACGGUGAUGUUUACUUCUGGCACCCCAUGGGUCUGCCCCAGUUUUGCAUCAAGGGCGAGCCUUGGACUGCCACCUGCACCGAGUGUAUCGCCGGUUAUGUGGCCAGCCUGGCCUCCCAUGCCCCCUGUCAGAUUCAAGCCGACCUUCUCCACAUGCCCUUUGACAACAACCUCUGGGACCUCUCCACAAACCGACGCAAUGUUCUCUUCUUUGGUACUGCUUCGGAAACACUCUUCGGUCGUACUGGAUUGGACGGCUCACCAGCAUUGCAACUGCGUGGUGCUGAACAACACCUGCGUGCGCCUCCCAACGUCAUUGGCGGUGCCUUUUCCGUGUGCGUCAGCAUCGUGUUUGACAACUUUGGCCUCUAUUCGCGCAUCUUUGACUUUAGCACCGCCCCAGAAGGCACCCAGGAGGGCGGCAACAGCAACAUCCUCAUGCUCAACCGCGAUACAAGCAAUGACUUUCUUCAGCCCCCACUCAUCUGCCACGUGUACCACGCCCAGCUGUACAAGAACGGUGACCAAAUUAUGCAAUUGACUGAGCAACAGACCAUCCCCUUCUUGCGCCGCACUUCCAACUACAUUGGCCGUUCCAAUUUUGGCAACAAUCCCGACUUUGAUGGCGCCAUUGAUAAUUUGCGCAUGUGGUCGCGCGAGUUGACCCCCGCUCAAAUCGCCGACAUCACGCUCGAGACACAAGGUGUUCAACGGCCUGCCAUGGCCCAAGAUGGCGAUGCUCUGCUGCUCCACUACACCUUUGAGAAUUCCCUCCGUGAUGUUUCGGGAACUGGCAACGACGGCGUUGCUUUCAAUCACCAUGCCAUCAACCUUUAUCAAGUCAACGCACCCGAGGGUAACACAUCUCUAUACCUGGAUGGCGUCAACGACUACAUCCUCGCCCCGCCACUCUCCUUUGACAAUGCCAUUACGGUCUGCAGCUGGGUACGCUACCGCAGCCUCAACGAGUGGAGCCGUGUAGCCGACUUUAACAACGGCGGCCCGGAAAGCAUCUUCAUUGGCAACCAAGGCCAAAGCACCAACCUCGAGUUUACCUUUUUGUUUGAUGAUCCCGGAGUCGACUCACCCCUCAUCGUUGCGGGUGGCUUUAAUUGGGCUUACGGUGGCUUCCAGCACUACUGUUUUACCAACGCGGGUGCUGUCUCCAUCGUCUACCGCCAGGGUCGGGAGGUUGGCCGCAAGACAGAUGUGCGCACACGCUCGGCCAAGGAGUACCACAAUAUCUUCAUUGGGCGCUCGGCUUGGGAUGCUGAUGGCUACCUCGGUGCCAACCUGGACGACUACCGUGUGUACAACUACGCUCUGUCGCCCGAGGCUGUGCACGACAUGCUCUGCCAGGGCCGCUCAGACCUCGACUGCGUUGGUCUCAUUGGACACUGGAAGUUUGAUGGCGAUGUGCGCGACGCCAGCGGCAACGAAUGGCACGGCGAGCUGGUACCGGUCAGCCUCGACAUUGAGAACCACUUUUUCGAGGACGACAAUGUGGCCGUUGGUUCAGGUGCCCUGUACCUGCCCGGCAACGGCAGUUGGGUGCAGCUGCCCGCGCGUAACUUUGGCGGUGACUUUACCAUUUGCACUUGGAUUCAGACGCGCCGUGCUGGUGGUUGGGAGCGCAUCGUAGACUUUGGAACGAACGGCAAUCGCAUGUACAUUGCGCGCGUGGAGACCCAAGAGGCGCUCGUUUUGGACAUCAACGGCCAGGUUGUCACGGCUGCAUUGCCUGCCGGGACAGCGGAUGAUUUCAUCCACAUGUGCGCGUUCAGCAACUCUACCGGUGGCUAUCUGGCUUACAAUGGCCAGGUGGUCAAUGGCAACACGGACAUGGCGCAGAUGCCUGUCGGUUGGCUCGACGUGAACUAUAUUGGCAAGUCGGCCGCUUCUGCAUCAGAUGCAGCUCUCGAUGCUGUUCUGGACGAUCUUCGCAUUUAUGAUCACGUGCUGUCACCGAGCGACAUGGCUCAGUUGGCUAGCCAGGCCUAG